ACCUGGCUGGGCACUGGCAGAACCUUGUCCUCAAACCUGUGGGGCCUCAACUGCAAGCCUGGCGCACAGCUCUGGGCCUCGGCAGUCCAGGCUGCGAUGGGGGAGGAGGAGAGGAGGGCGCGGCAGGGACGUGACUCCAAAGGAACCCUCCUCCUUACGCCGCGCCUUGUGCACGUGGGGCAGGUUGCUGAGGGUCUUGGGAAAACAUUCAGUCCGGUGCUUGGGGUAUGUGGGGCUGACGGGCUUGGGGAAACUGAGGCCGCUAGGAGAAGAAAGAUGGACUUUGCAGGUACUGUGGCCAAAAGAGGUCGCCCCAGAGCACGGCCUGGCCUUAUCCCUGCUUCCCCGUCCCCGCCCCUCCCAGUCUCCCCACCCCGCGCCCCAUUCGCUCCCAGGACUUGCCUGCCUCCAGUCUGCGCGAACCCUCGCAGCUCCCCAGGUGCUGCGCCCGCACGGUGGUGGCAUGGCAGGCGUGGAGCGGCACGAAGGCACCUUCCAGGUGCAGGGCCAGAGCCUCUUCUUCCGCGAGGCCCGGCCGGGCGGCGGGCAGGCCGCCCGCUUCUCCGUGCUGCUGCUGCACGGGAUCCGCUUCUCCUCCGAGACCUGGCAGAACCUGGGCACGCUGCUCACGUUGGCCCAGGCUGGCUACCGGGCUGUGGCCAUCGACCUGCCAGGGCUGGGGCACUCCAAGGAAGCAGCAGCCCCUGCCCCUAUUGGGGAGCUGGCCCCCAGCAGCUUCCUGGCAGCUGUGGUAGAUGCCUUGGACCUGGGCUCCCCGGUUGUCAUCAGCCCGUCGCUGAGUGGCAUGUACUCCCUGCCCUUCCUCACGGCCCCCGGUUCCCAGCUCCGGGGCUACGUGCCAGUGGCCCCCAUCUGCACGGAGAAAAUCAGCACUGCCGAGUAUGCCGGCGUGAAGACCUCAGCUCUUAUCGUCUAUGGAGACCAGGACCCCAUGGGUCAGACCAGCUUUGCGCACCUGAAGCAGCUGCCCAACCACCGGGUGUUGGUCAUGGAGGGGGCAGGGCACCCUUGUUACCUUGACAAACCGGAGGAGUGGCACGCAGGGCUGCUGGAUUUCCUGCAGGGGCUGGCGUGAGGCCCAGCCCUGCCGCUGAGGGCGGCCUGCUUGCCGGGCUGGGGCUUUCUCUCUCCCUCCCUCCCUGCACACCUAACAGGUGUAUGUGUGUGUGUGUCUGUCUAGGUGCUUGUCUUUCUGGGCCUGUCUGUCUUUUCCUCUUUCUCUUGCAGUGACACACUGAGGAGGUGAAAUUAAGAGAAAAAAUUCAGGAAUCAAGGGCCGGGACCUGGUGGAGGGUAACCUGUUUAGAUGAGCUUCUCCUACAGGCUGCCCUGCUCUGCUCUCUCCUUCCGCUGCUCUGCCCAGUCGGCCCCUCCCACCUCCUCCUUGGCUGCCCUGCAGAGCACUCGCAGCCCCUACCUGGCCUCUCAGGCCACAGAUGCAUACAUGCCCACAUGCAUGCGUACACAUGUUCCCAAACAUGGCCCAACCGCACAGGUACACGCCCCUGACAUGCAGGCUCGGGUGCAGCUUCACAUGGCAUGCAGACACCCGUGCAUGCAUGUGCUUUCACACAAGCACUUGUACAGGCACCGUGCCCUCCCAACCAUGCAGCACCCCAAUGUCUGGGAAAGUGGGGGCCCCAGGGACCGAUCCUUGCAGGAGGUCCUCUGCAGGGUUUAGGGCGAGGCCUGCCCUGAACUCCACUCACCCACAGGUCGCAGCUGACUCCCGAUCAGAAAUGUCCCCCAAAGGAGAGGGCCACCCCUUUGACCCUCAGCUUUCCCUGCUUCCCCUCUCAUUCUGGGUGCUCCACCCUCCCCCGUUAUUGGGCCCGGGUCUUCACAGCCGAGCUUCUUUCCUGCUUCGAGGCUGGGGGAGGCGCGGAGGAGAGUGGAGGUCGGCAAAAUAAAGUCAUGCAAUUAGA